AUGUCGGCUGAAGAUAUCGAAGAGAUCUUGGCCGAAAUUGACGGCGAGCAGAUCGAAGAAUACCAGAAAUUCUUCGAUGACUUCGACCGCGGAAAGCAGGGCUACAUCAUGGCCACUCAGAUCGGCCAGAUCAUGCGCGCUAUGGAGCAGGAAUUCGAUGAGAAGGUGAGCCAGGAACAUUGA